AUGAACCAAAGUGUUAGACUUGCAGUAUUCCUUUUAAUUUGCAAAGUAAUCUGUGCUGAAACACAAAUAAUUUCUUUUGAUGCAAGUGUUCUUACCAUUUUUAUAGAUGAAACCAUUGCUGUGGGAUAUAAUCUAUCCAAAGAAAAUAUUGAAAAUGAAGAUUAUAUCAUUUACAGUGAGAAUGAGAGUGUCGCCAAAGUCGAAAAUGAUACCAGAAAUGGUACAAAGGGGAUAUUCGAGCUUACCGGAAUAUUUUUAGGAAAAACUUCUAUUUACUGUGAGAAUGUCCGAACCAAAGAAAACAUCUCUUCAAGCCUAGAAGUGACAGUGAUUAGGAAAGAAAAAAUUAUAGACACACUUUUCAUCGCAUCUGUAGCAACGCUAGUAAGUUUAAGCUACAUAAAUUUUGGAUGUGCAAUGGACUGGGCCGAACUUAAGAAUAUUUUGAAGAACCCAAUCGGUCCUGCCAUUGGAUUCUUCGGACAAUUCAUCAUGAUGCCACUGCUGACUUACGGUCUGGGUCUGGUCCUCUUCCCAUCCAACCCAGCGAUGCAGCUGGGCAUGUUCUUCACGGGAUGCUCCCCGGGAGGAGGCGCCUCCAACUUGUGGACCCUCCUCCUUGGAGGCAACAUCGACCUGUCCAUCGUCAUGUCGGCUGUCAGCACGAUAGCCGCUUUCGCGAUGAUGCCCCUGUGGAUAUUCACGCUCGGUAGAACGAUUUUCGAGAGCGGCAACCUCGAAGUGCCCUACACGCAGAUAAUGUCGUACGUCGUGGGGCUCCUAGUGCCUCUGGGGGUUGGGUAUUUGAUACAGAGGUAUUUGAGGAGGGUGUCGAAUUUUUUGGUGCGGGCUAUGAAGGUUUUUUCCACGGUUCUGCUGGUGUUUAUCGUCGUGUUUGCUAUAGUAGCGAAUUUCUGGCUUUUCAAGCUAUUCUCCUAUGAGAUAAUUAUAGCAGGUAUGGCAGUACCAUGGAUUGGGUAUUUAAUUGGUUUUUCAAUCUCUAAAUUGUUGAGACGGACAGGACCGGAUUGUACAGCUAUAUCCAUAGAAAUAGGCAUUCAAAAUACUGGCAUAGCUAUAUUUCUACUGAGAUUCACCUUACCACAACCUGAAGCUGAUCUGACAACAGUUGUUCCAGUGUCUAUCGCAAUUCUCACCCCAUUUCCACUUUUGUUUUUGUUGAUAUGCAACAAAAUUCGAGAAAGGUGUUGGAAAGCAGAGACACAGUUGGAAGACAAAAAUUCACCUACCGGAUCAACAGUCAGUACUUUGAAAUUAUGA